AUUAUUUUUGGAUGAAACGAAUCUGCUCCCGUUGAACGCACAUCGGCUUUUACGUGACGUUCGUCGGCGAGACGUCACUUCCCGUGAUUUCGGUUUGUUUCGGGCGCGCUGAUUGAACGCGUAAAGGAAGCCUUCCGGAUGACUUCUGUAACAAAAACAAGAGAACAGGACAAACGUUAAUUAAUAGGUGCCACAGUUUAAGAUGCUGGCUAGCUUUACCGCGGUCGGACACAUUUCACUCGGUGGACGAUCGGGCGCCAGAUAGCAUUUAAAACUAUUAAAGCUAGGUUAGCUUCUCCGGGUGACGAACAUUAGCUCGUGUUCUUUAGUGUCUAACGAUAGCCAAUUUACAGCUAACCUAGACGUUACUGGUUGUACAAGCAAUGGACCGACCACCGAGGAAGACGAAGGUGGUGAAUUACUCUGAAGCCAAAGACUUUGACGAUGAUGAGGAUUUUGCCUUCGUGAAGGCUCCACCCAGCAAACGGGCCAGAGACGACGUGAAACAGGAGCACAAGAGAUCACCCAGCAUGUCCUCCCAUCAGGAGUCCAACUCGCAAUCCGCGAUGAGCAGAAAACCAUUAGACGAGAAGGUGCUCAAAAGAGAUCUUGAAGCAGCCAUUACACUGUCCUUGCUAAAUAAUGGAGGCGGGAUCAAAGAUCAGCCAUCAGCCCAUAAAGAUGUUAAGAGUCCAGUUCCAGUCGAUGAAAACACAGAUCCGACUUCAGCUCACCUGUCCAACUGCAGUGUGGAUUUGACAGUUUGGGGCCUGGAUACAAUCACACUAGAAAAAGAUUCAACCUCCCAUUCAAGUCAAAGAAAAUCUGCCUCCAGAGCCCCUGAAGAGCAGAAGAGCAAGCCUGCAGACGAUGACGACUACGAGCCCAAACUGACACCAGACUCGGAAAGUGACGACGAUUUCAAUGAACCAGAUGAGAGUGAGGAUGAGGAAUUCACAGAAAAGAAAUUCAGCAAAGCCAAAAAGGAGAAAGUUACCAAGAACAAGAAGACCAAACCACCUCCUGCCUCUAAAGAAGAAAAGCCACCAUCAAAACCCCCAAAGUCUAAAACCCAGGCAGUUGCUUGCACACCGAUGAGAAGUCCUCCAGCGGCCAAACUCGCACCCAAAAAACCCGCCUCGUGCUCCACAGCUUCUUCCCCCGUGUUAUCCCUGAGCCCAGCGGGGGGCGCCAGGACACCCAAGUGGAAUCCACCAGCUCAAGUCGGACGGAGUCCUUCUUCCUCCGGUCCUGCACUGAAGUCUCCGGGUCAGGGUCUGCGCCUCGGUCUGUCCCGCCGGGUUCGGGUCAAACCCCUCCACCCCAGCGUUUCCAGUCACUGACCCGUCUGUCAAUGCCCCCCCCCCGUGUCAAUUUGUGUUGUACUUUUAGCUCUUUUUAUUUUGAAAAAAAAAAGUUUGUCUAUCUGUAAAUCUAUUUUCACAGCUAUUCAUAUAAAGUGAGUAAAGAGAUGUUUCUAUUUCCUCAUGCUUCUCAGCAUGGGGCUCAUUGGGUCACUGUACGUUGUGAAAAGGUUACUUGUCAUUGUCACUCCAUAAAAGUACAGUAAAUGUGUCCGUAGAUAUUUCUAUGAUUCCAAUUGGAGUUUACAAAACUGUUGUUGGUAUUGGUAGCAAUAAACCCCCCUUUUUCUAAUUGUUUGCAAAACACUGUAUAUUGUGUACAUAUAUAUUAAAUAAAAUGUAGAAGUUUAA